UGUUAUCGAUACCUUAAAGCGAAUGACAGCUCUGCAGUUUUAUUAGGCAUUCCUAAAAAAAGCAUCAUCAUUGCCUUGUCGAAAAGUUGCCGACAGCGUUAUUCGAGAGUUUUAAGUUACUUUGCUCUGCGUGAUUAAAGAAAUUUAACUAAAGAUGUCUUCACGUUACGAUCGUGCUGUUACUAUUUUCUCUCCCGACGGCCAUUUACUUCAGGUUGAAUAUGCACAAGAAGCGGUUCGCAAAGGCUCCACAGCGGUUGGCGUGCGUGGUGCCAACUGCGUUGUACUGGGUGUUGAGAAAAAAUCGGUUGGCAAACUGCAGGAGGAUCGCACAGUUCGUAAAAUUUGCGUUCUCGACCAUCACGUCCUGAUGGCAUUUGCUGGUCUCACGGCAGAUGCCCGCAUCCUUAUCAAUCGUGCCCAAGUCGAGUGCCAGAGCCAUCGUCUCAAUGUUGAGGAUCCUGUUACACUUGAAUAUAUCACAAGAUACAUUGCACAACUGAAACAGAAGUACACCCAAAGUAAUGGGCGCCGUCCAUUUGGUAUAUCCUGCCUAAUUGGAGGCUUUGAUGCCGAUGGAUCAGCCCACUUGUUUCAAACCGAACCAUCUGGCAUAUUCUAUGAGUAUAAAGCCAAUGCCACCGGGCGUUCGGCAAAAACGGUGCGUGAAUUUUUCGAAAAACAAUAUCGUGACGAGGAUGUCAGCACUGAGCAAGGCGCCGUGAAGCUGGCCAUUCGCGCACUGCUCGAGGUUGCUCAAUCGGGUCAAAAUAAUUUAGAAGUGGCCAUCAUGGAGAAUGGAAAACCGCUUAAAAUGCUGGAUCGCGAAGUAAUAUUAAAAUAUGUGGACAUCAUUGAAAAGGAGAAAGAAGAGGAACUUGAAAAGAAGAAGCAGAAAAAGUAAUGCCAAUUCAAAUUCCAUGUUGUCAUUUGGUAUUGGUAUUACCCUGCGUUAUUCUUUAAUUACAAUACUACAUAUUUUUAUAAAAUCUAAAAAGCUGUACAAUGGAAAACAAAAUUAUUUUAAAGAUAUGUA